AUUUGCAGUUGAUAUUUAGUUUGAUUCUAAGGAAAGGACAGUUGGGGGUGUUUCCCAAGAUAUUAAUCACACAUUCCAGAAUAUUAGAAAGGAAUUCUGGACAUAUAGACAAUAUGGAUGCAUUUGGUGACAACUUUGUCAUUGAACCAGAAGUGGAUCCUGUGGCAGAAUUUGUUGCAAGAGAACAGGAUCAAUUGGCUGGACUUGAAGAUGAAAUUCCACCUGUUUCUAUGUCUACUACCACAGGAACAAAUGCAAAUGUAGAUAACUUACCCGAAAAUUUUGGAAAUUUAAAAGUUGGCCCUGGUGGCGAUGCAGAAGGUAGUUUUGAGAUAAUAGAUGCAGUUGGACAAACUAAUGAAAUACAACCCCCAUCAGCAACAGAAACUGCACCUAAAUCUCCACCUGUAAAAGAGGAACCUGAAAAGAUACGGAAAUGGAGAGAAGAACAGAAAACCAGACUAGAGGAAAAAGAUGCAGAAGAAGAAAAAAAGAAAGAAGAAUGGAGGGAAGCUGCAAGGAAAGAAUUAGAAGAAUGGUAUAAACAUCAUGCAGAAGCUAUUAGUAAAACAAAAACUACAAACAGGGAAUCAGCCAAGAACGCGGAGAAACAGUUCGUUGCAGAAGCUGAUGAAGUUGAGCCAGGAACAGAAUGGGAACGCAUCGCGAAGCUGUGCGAUUUUAAUCCUAAAUCUUCGCGUACUUCAAAAGAUGUUUCCCGGAUGCGUUCAAUCAUUUUACAACUGAAACAAACUCCACCAGCCCCGGUCACUCUUUGAUCAGAUUAAUAACCGGAGAUGAAUGAUAGAUAUACAAAAUAUCAAACGUAUUAAACCGAAAGAACAGUGUACGCAGGUUACGAUAUCAUUGGAAAGAAAUAUCGUAAAUGAUCAGUUACACAAAAAUUUAAUAUUACUGUGAAUAAUGUU